CCUAGGUUAUGGUUCGUGUAUAGAAAGAUAGCCGAUGAGGUAGAGAGUAAUGUUUUUCCAGAUUGUUAAUUAAAAGAAGUUAAUAAAAAUGAAUGCUUUUAUUGAAGGCUUAAUUUCUUAUCUUUUCAAUGGCCUUAGCUUAUUUCAAAUAAGCUUAUUUUCUGUACGAAAACUGUUAAUAUGGGAGAGACCUUAUCUGAGUGCCAUUACUUUGGUUUUGAUCAAUUGCCUAUUUUGUGGAUAACGAACCAGCUGAGAGCCAUGACAAGGAAGUGUUUUCUGGAUAUAGUUUAUGUUUCUCCGAGUGGCAAUUAACUUUCAAAAACUUGGCACGUGAUUAUUGGCAUCUGCGAAAAAUUAAUCAUGGAUUGUUCUGUGCCUUCACUUGUUUUGCUUUGAUGGUCAUGGCAGCUGUUGGCCAUUUUGUGCCUGAUAUCAUAAUUGUGAGUAGUCUAGUGAUGGUUGUAUCCCUGGGACCAGGUCUUUUACUUUUUGUUGUUUCUGCAUCAUGGUUUGGAACUGUUAAAGAACUAUUUGGGGUUACUUUUAGCCAAGAGAGGGCUACCUUAGGAGAAAGCUUGACUGGUGAAAGCACAGAUAAUGAAAGUGAAUUAGACGAGUUCUUGCCACCAGCAUCAACAGAUUCCAUUGCUAUGGAUCUCAGCCUUAGUGAAGACAGGGGUAAUAAUAAUAACAAGCAUCCCUCCAACUCGAGAUCAACAUCUUCACUAACGCAGCCCGAUCCUGAAGAAUUUCAGAGUAUGGCUCAGGAGCUUGGAAUAGAAUCUCUUCUUAACGAAGAUGACGAGUUAUCCUUGAUUCAGGGCCUGGGAAAUUUUCCAGAUGUACAUGAUGAAAGUGAAGAUGACAUUGAAGUUCAUCUUCCAACAUCUGUUCAGAAGGACACAAUAAAAGAAAUGCAGUAUCAUCGUGCUGUUGAAAGAGAGUUCAGUUCUUCCUCUGAAAGUGAAGAAGAAAACGUCUUUGCAAAAGGACUUGCAUUUUCCGAAGUUGAGACGUCGAGCUCUACCCAGAAACCCCUGGCAGUUACUCAGCAAUCUCUUCUUAUGAACUCUGGCCUCGACAUUAUAGACCAGUUACGAAGAACUGUACAAAAAGAAAUAGUUUCUCAUUUGGGAUUGUUCAAAGGAUCACAAAGUUUGCAUUCAAGAAGUAGCAACAAAAACUUACAUGCAGGAUCAUCAGAUCAAACAAGUGGUUACGAUGAUAGUGACUAUGAGAUGAUCUCUGAAAAUUCUGAUGUUAAUUCCUGAUAAGUUUUUAUUAUGGUUUGUGUUCACUGAUAAAUUUAAAGGCAUUCUAUCAUCUUCCCCAAAACUCUUAAUUUUAGCAUAAUUAUAAUCUUCGAUAAUAUAUUGUAAGUCUGAAAGUUCAACAUCUUGCAUCUUUUUUUACAUUUUAAAUCUGUAUUUUAAUUUGUGUUUUUUACACCUAAAAGCAUAUCUUACU